UGGUUCCUGUUGUUCUGUAUCCUCAAUAUGUUCAACCAAAUUUUCUCCGCGGUCAAGUCCAAUUCUCAUAGGCUCUCUAAAGCCCCAGCUCAAGCCCGGCUGAGACCAAUCGUCCCUCGCAGGCCGGCUCUCGCUCAAAGGUGGCUCCAUCGCGCCGCCGUCAAGUGGUUCAACAACGAGAAGGGCUUCGGGUUUCUGGCCCCGGAGUCUGGCGGCACCGAUGUCUUCGUUCACGUUUCCGGCAUCAAGGGCGAUGGAUACAAGACACUCAAUGAGGGAGACAUUGUCACGUUCGAGACCCAGGAGAAUGCCAGGGGAGUCAUGGCGGUUGACGUGGAAGUCGUCACACCCAACCCGAACCCUCCACUUCGCCGUCGUUCCCGAAUGGACUCCUUUGGGAGUGACCAAAGUAACUAGCGAUUUUGUAACCUAAAAGCUGUCCGGUCGGACUCCGACGAAAAAUCUUCCGUGACUGGUACCCCGAGAUCAAGUGCCCUGGCACCUUUUGACCCCUCAUGCGAUACCCUUUAAUAAAUCCGAGUUCUUUCCUCGACGUCUCCUCACCGAA